GAAGCAAGGAAAUGAAAAGAUGGUUGUGGAAAAUCCAUGGACUUGGAAGUGGAACUGCAAGGUGAAGAUGGUUCAAAAUUCGCGUUGGGAAAGGAGGACAAUGUAGUGUUUGGACGAGGUUGUGGUUUCAAUACUCACGACCGCACCGUUUCUCGUCGCCACGUUUCGUUCCAACUCGAACAAUCAGAGUCAGAACAUGCUAGGGUUUCUUUCCAAGUCAUUGGAAGGAACCCCAUUUGGGUAUGGACCCACGACUCGCUUAGGCUCUUCAGGAAGUUCGACAAUGGUCACUUGCAAUUCGGAGACCGUUUCUGCUUGUCUCCCGAGGCACCCUUCUGGUUCCUCUUCAAGAAGAUUCAAUCUCAGCCUCAGCUUAAGCUCCACCAACUUGAUGUUUCGGAAAUCGAUCCCGUUAAAGAGUUUGGUUUUCUUGUGAUGGGACACGAGUUUGACCACUAUCCCAAGGGCAUGAUACGGAAUAUGAAGAAUUGGGAUUGGUUCCUUGAGGAGCCUAAAAAAGAUGAUGAGGAUGAGGAGGAUUUUGAGGAGAGGAGGAAAAUGGGGAGAAAGCGAAAAACGUGUAAAGACAAUGAAGAUGAGGAGUGGAGUGGUGAAAGUGAAGAUGAUAAGGACCUUGUUGUCACUAUACGGAAAGGUAAGCGACCUGGGUACUCCACAAGAUCGAAAGACAGUAAAGGAUCUAACAGAGAUACUAAAGCUAAUAAAAGUAGUGUUGAAGAAGAAGAUGAUGAUGAGACGCUAGGAGGUUUCAUUGUUGCUGAUGAAGAGGAUGAGGAGGAUGAUGACGAUAAUGAUGAAGAAGAAGAGUUUGAAGAAGAUGAUGACGACGGAGUGGAGGAUUAAUAAUAAGGGUAAUAGUAUAAAUGAUCAC